AUGACAAAGGAAAGCUCAUCUGUGAUAGCAGCUGGUGUAAAGAUUGGAACAGCUACACAUUCAGGCUGUAUGAAUCAUAUACAUGUAGCCUUUGAAAAGGGAGAGGAAGGAUUUAUAGACCCUACAAGGUUCUUUGAAGGUAGACCAUUCUCUGUACCAACAUGGGAUCAAAAAUGUGAUGACUUUAAACUGGUCUGGAAGUUUGAGACAAUAGCAGAAGGGUGUAUAUUAUGUUUGGGAGAAGAAGACCCUGCUGAGGACACCAGUCCUGAGAUAACCAGUAAAGUAGAUCAGCCUUCUGAUUUAAGUUCUUCUGAUAAUCCAGGCUCUGAAGUUUCAUCCAUUAAAAGUGAUCCUGGUGGAAUGUACAACAAGUUUGAGAGUUCAGGGGUCAGAAAGAAAAGAUCAUUGUUUGGAGGGAGUGACAAAAAAAAUCCUUUUAUGACACUACUUCACAAAGCCAACACUUUCUUUAAGAAAUUCUCAAUAAAGAGACUAAAGAUGGGAACCAUUAUAAACUUCCUACAAAAACUUAAAAUGACAGACAGCAUGAAUAAAAUGGCAGACGUUAUGAAAACUAUCAAGAAAAUAAUUGACAACAAACCAUGUUUCAACCCAGCACAAGCUACAGAUGACCAACUUGUACAGGAGCUUAUGGAGAGAGGCAAACCUUUUACUGGAACCAGAGAUCAAAUGAUUAAACGUCUUACACAGGCUGACAAUCAAUGUCCCUUGUUAUCCUUCACCAUGCCUGAGAACCUUGUAUGCACCUUUGACCCUAUGUGUAUGGGAGUGGAAUGCUGUAUAAAUGUCAAACUAUUCAUGUUCCUACACACAGUCAAAGCCUACGCCAGGUUUGAUCCUUGUCAGAUGGAAUUCCAUUAUGGUAUUGAUGAUUGGCACAAUAGUAUCAAGUUGGACAUACAUAUUGAUGGACUGAAGAAAGAUAUUCGCUCUGGAAUUAAAAUGAAUAUCCUUGGUGGAUUAGAAAUCAUUCUCAGAUUAGAGAUUCAGAAAACAGACUCUGAAGCGUUUGCUAAUGUAGGGUUAGGUUUCUGUGACCAAAGUGAUACAUCCAACUGUGUAGUUUUUGUAGAUCUACUGAAGGAUGCCAUACUACCUCUACCAAUUUGUCAUCCUGAUGGAUCUUUUGAAUGGCCAAAAAUUGAUUGGUCAAAGUUCUUCAGUAAGGAGGCAGUGUUGGAAAGACUGAAGAAUGCUGGCAAAUCAGCAGCUAAACAAAUAACCCAGGCUGCUGCUGGGGAAAUCCUCAAUGCUCUAGGACUACCAAAGAACCUUCUUUUAUCCACUGGACCAUGUCCCAGGCCAGGUAAAAUGACAAAAGGCCAACUGACAGAAGAAUUAAAACAUCGUGGACUGGAAGUAACUGGAACAGAUGAUGAAAGAAUACAACGUCUGGAAGAUGAUGAUAGAAAAUGCAAGUUGUUUGGAAAGGACCAUAACCUCUUACCUGAAAUUACAAAUGAAUUUUUAAAGGACCAUUUAUACUAUUCCGUGUCAUCUAAUUGUCUAAGGAUUGAUGCUUGUACAGACUUCUCCAUAGACCUGGGACAAAACAUUCCUGCCUAUACAAAAGCCUUCAGGGCAUUCAUUGAUGUGGACUUUUGUAAAUUCAUUAUAACAUUUGGAUUUGAAGGUUGGAAGGAAACGCUGGUUUUGAUUAGUUAUGAUUGGGGUACAGAAAGAAAUAUUCCAAUAUCUAAAGACAUACAAAUCAAAUUGAAUAUAGACAAGGAUGAUGAUCGGAAGAUGUUUAUAAUUGACUUUGGAUUGAAGAUAGUCGUUGGUGAAAAACCAUUAAUAGAUCAAUACUUACUGACAAAGCAGGAAAUACCCAUACCAAUCUGUAAUGAAAACUUUACACUACCAGGCGGUGGUUCUUUUGCUGGAUUUCUGGCUGCACUUGGUGGGCAGCUUACUGGACAGGCAUUUGAUUUAGUUAUAAAAGAGAUGGGACUUGAGACAACCUUUAAAAAAAUACAUUUCAGUAUUCCAGAGGGACCUAAAGACUGUCCAGUGGACAUCAAUCCCCAGAAGUACCUCCCAGCGGCCAUCAGGAACAUGCUGAGAUGUGAGAUGCCACAGAAUUGUUUUGGACUAAAUUGUGGUCUGGACCUAUCAUUUAAGUUACCGUUCGGUGAUUUCCAUGUGUCCUACAACAUACCCUUCUGGUUUAAGAUGAGCCCAUGUGAUUUUGAUAUUGACAUUAAAUUUGGACCUUUCCAACAUAAAACUGUAUUGUUGAACUAUGAUUGGGGUACACCAGGUGUCUUGACUAUUGGAAAAGGGGACAAGCCUCCUAUCACCAUUAAUUAUUCUAUCGACAAGAUGACUAAUGGUCAAGGAUUUAUCGUAGAUGUUAAGAUUACCAUUUGUUUCCCCCUGGGUGAUGACCCAUUCUGUAUACCAGAGAAAGGACUGCAUAUGCUACAACACCAGGAAAUACCAGCAUGUUCUAAAAACUUUACAGAUAUGAUGAAGAAUUUCUCAGUCUCAGAAAUAGCAAAAGAUUUUGGUUUAGAAUUAAAAGCAGGACUAAAAGAAGGAGCUGUUCAGUUUAUCCUUGAACGAUUGAGCUUGGAGGAAUUCUUCAGUGGACCAAAGUGUGACAAGAGGAGACCACCAUACAGUCCUGCUGUACAGGGAUGGAACAAUGAGUGUCCCCUGAGUAUCUUUAACCUACCAAACAUAGAGGAUAUGAUGAGUUGUCACUUUACAGAGACAUGUACUGGUAUAGAAUGUUGUGUAGAGAUACCGUACCUUGGACUGACACUCCAUCCAUUCUUCUUACUGGAUCCCUGUCAGUACACACUGAGCUUUGGUAUCAACACCAUCAACAACACAUUCUCUCUAUUUGAAUAUGAAUGGGGGAAGAAGGAGAAGAUUUCUCUGGCAGAUGGAGUAAUACAGCUUGAGUUUACCAUAAAAAAACCUCCAGAACAGAAAAAGUUUGUGAUAGAUUUAAAUGUCAAGACAUGUCUGGAAGAAGGGAAGCCAUGUGAAGUUGAUGAAGCAAUAUUCCAGGGAACGGAAGUACCUCAGCCAAUGUGUGACAUGGAGGCCACCAUGAGUCUCAAAAACUUUUCCUUGACUGAUUGGGCAAGUCAGGUUGGAGCAGAGAUAGCAGGGCAGUUAGACGGGAAAUUUGUCAACAUACUGUUACAGCAGCUAGGACUUGAAGUCAUGUUAAAGAAACCCUCAUGUGACUCUCAUUCAGAGAUGUAUUCUCCUGCAAUAAAGGGAUGGAAAAGUGAAUGUCCUAAGCCGUUAUCAUUACCCGAUUUACCCUCAGCUUUAACAUGUUACGUCCCAGACUACUGUACAGGGAUAGAUUGUUGUUAUCACUUUGACUACCUGGAUCUGUCACUCAAUAUUUACCUGUAUAUUGAUACCUGUAAUUAUGUCAUCAAAGGAGGGAUAGAGAAAUUUACCUUUGAGUUACCUUUCUUCCAUUAUAACUGGGGUGAAGAAAAAGAAGAAAGAUUACAGGAAGUUAUUAGAAUCAAAUACAAAAUCAACAAGUUGUCAGAACAAAAGAAGUUCAUUGUGGAUUUGGAGUUCAGCAUUUGUCUUGAGAAGGAUAAAUGUGCUACCAAGCUUCCAUUAUUUACCAAACAGUUAAUACCACAACCAUUCUGUGAUAUGAAUAUGAACUUCAGUAUAACAGAUGUGUCGCUGUCUGAAUGGAUGAAAGACAAAGGAUUACAGUUAGGUCAGAGUUUGUCUACAGCACUGUCUAACAGAUUGCUAGAUGAACUAGGAUUAUCUCCCUUUAUGAAUGAGGAACAAUGUGAUAGAUAUACAGGAGUAUUUGCUGGAGCUGUCAAUGGCUGGAAUUCUCAAGACUGUCCCCUGAAUAUGACCCUUCCUAAGAUCCACAGCUCUGUAAGUUGUUACAUCCCAGAUUACUGCACAGGAAUAAGCUGUUGUAUAGAAGUUGGUAAGAUUGGAAAAUCAUUCAGUACAUAUGCACUAAUGGAUGCCUGUAACUGGAAACUUAGUGUGGGUAUAGAGAAGAGGAGCUUCAAUAUCUCACUGUCCAACUAUGAAUGGGGUAAAAAAGAGGUUUUCUCAUUGCUAAAUGUUAUACGUUUAGAAUUUACAAUUCAUGACUUGAAUGCUGAGAAGAAGUACAUGUUAAACAUGAAUAUGAGUGUUUGUUUGGAACAGGAUGGAGCUUGUCUAGUUUCUGUACCAAUCUUCCAAAACACCAAACUACCUAAACUAGGAUGUGAUUGGUCUGGUGGCUUCAAAAUACCAGAAUUUUCACUGGACAAAUUCCUAGCAGAGAAUAACAUCAUAGGAAGUGUUCAAGGAUUACUACUAGAUCAGCUGAUGGAGGCUUUAGGAAUAACGCCUUACUUAAAGGACAUGCCCUGUAACAGACACUUACCUCCCUUUAGUUCAGCACAGUCAGAUGGCUGGAAUAAUGAAUGUAAAUUGAACCUUCCAUACAGACUGCCAACAUUAUCUGGUCCCCUUACUUGUCAAUUGACUGACACCUGUACAGGGAUCCAGUGUUGUGUUGAGAUUAAGGAGAUUGGUAAAUCUAUUGAUGUUUUUGUUAUACUGGAUGCCUGUAACUACAAAUUUGCAGCUGGAAUAGAAAAGCUUACAUUCAACCAGUCACUGCUGAAUUAUGAAUUUGGGAAGAAAGAAAGCUUCAACUUAAUGAAUGUGUUUAGAGUCGGAUAUUCCGUUGAUGAUUUAAAGGGAGAGAAACAGUUCCUUGUCAGUGUUGAUAUCAGUGUAUGUUUUGAAGCUAAUAAACCAUGUGCAUUAACAAUACCAAUCCUAGAAGAAAUUAGACUACCUAAACCAUUAUGUAACCUAGAGAAUGGAUUCUCUUUCCCAGACAUUUCCCUGAAAAAUUUCACUCAGAUUGUAGGGUUGAAUAUACUGGAUCAAAUACCUGGCUAUGCUGUUGACCUGUUAUUAGAAAAGUCAGGGAUAUCCCAAUUCUUAGAGGACAAACCAUGUGACCGGAAGAUGACCCCUUACAGUCCAGCAGUGAAUGGAUGGAAUAAGACCUGUCCAGUAGAUUUACCUUUGCCAGCCCUGACAGGACCGUUGACCUGUCACAUCCCAGACUAUUGUACUGGUGUAGAAUGCUGUGUGGAGGUGAAACCCAUUGGUAGAUCAUUCCAUGCCUACAUCUUCCUCGAUGCCUGUUCUAACAGAAUCAAGCUUGGAAUUGAAAAGUUUGGAAUAGAUGUCUCAUACCUCAACUUUGAAUUUGGUGCUGUACAACAUGCCAAACUAGCCAGUAUUAUUACAGUCGAUUACUCUGUAUAUGACCUGUUUGAUGAGAAGAAAUACAUGGUGAACAUGAACCUCAGUGUUUGUUUAGAGCCAGGGUCAUGUGACAUCAAUGUGGAAAUAUUCAAUGAAAUGUACCUGCCUAAGAUUGGGUGUGACUGGAAUGUUGAUUUCUCAGGAAUUUCAGUGACAGAUUUCCUGAAGGAGAAGGGUCUCUCACUAUCCAACCAAUUAUCCAACAAUGUUAUUUCCCAGGUGUUAGAAAGGAUAGGUGUUACAGAAUACUUAGAAACUCCACAGUGUGAUAGACAUAGCUCAACCUAUAGUCCUUCUAAAAAUGGGUGGAAAAAUGAUUGUCCAUCAAACAAAUUAGACCUAUCAGCUUUAUCAGGGCCGUUGCAAUGUACACUCCUGUCAAGUUGUACAGCUGUUGACUGUUGUGUUUAUGUUGAUUUCCUCAAAAGAUCAUUCCACGUUAUGUUAGAUAUUGAUAUGUGUUCAAGGAAGAUAACUCUUGGUGUAGAAAAACUCAAAAUGGAUCUGUCUGUUUUGGACUACACAUGGGGUGUAAUAGACAGUUACAAACUGAUGGAUACAGUUGUAAUGGAUUACAGCAUUGACAACAGAGAUGACAAAAAUGUGUUUAAAGUCAGCCUCAAUAUCAGUGUUAGAUUUGACCCUGGGAACAGCAUGUUUGAUUGGGUCUUGUUACAGGACACACCCCUUCCUCAGAUACCAUGUGAUUGGAACAGUGGAUUUGCUUUAAAAGAUUUCUCUCUGAUAUCAUGGAUGCAGAAUGUAAACUUGCCAUCAGGACAACAGUUAUCUAGAAUCAUGGCCUCCAAAUUGUUUGAACAACUUGGCAUAGGUAGCCUGAUGGAGGAGAACUCCUGUCAGAGAUCUGGUCCUAAAUAUAGUCCUGCUGUUGAUGGCUGGAAGAAAGACUGUCCAUUAAAUGUACCAAUGACACCUCUGAAGGUACCGGCCACUUGUCUGAUACCCUCACACUGUACUGGUGUUGACUGUUGCGUAGACAUAGAUCUCCUAGGAAGGUCCUUACAUGCCUACAUAGAUCUGGAUACUUGUAACAACCAGUUCACUGUAGGGAUUGAGAAACUUAAACUGGAUCCUGUCAGUCUGAUUGAUUAUAAAUUUGGAACAACAAAUCAUUUUAAUUUGAAAGGAGCUGUACGUGUCACGUAUAAGAUAGACGACCUGAAGGUUGAGCGACAGUACCGUGUAAACCUGAACAUCAGCAUAUGCUUUGAGUCCAGUGGAUCUUGUUUAUACCAUUUUGAACUGUUCAACAAUGCUCUUGUUCCCAAAAUACUCUGUGAUUGGGAGUCAGGAUUCUCUGUUCCAGGAUUUUCUCUUCAGAAGUUUGUAACUGAUGCUGGCCUGUCUGUAGGACAAACACUAACAGAUUCUGUCCUGAGUAACCUGUUUAACCAGCUGGGUAUAUCAUCUUACCUACUGGAUACACCAUGUCAUCUAAAUGAGUACACACCAAGUAAAGAUGGAUGGAAAACAGACUGUAGGAAAGAUCUAGCAUUACCAACUUUACCCCCCACAGCCAGAUGUAGCAUAGGAGAUUCCUGUACUGCCGUUAGUUGUUGUAUGGAGGUAGACGUCCUGAAGAGAGCAUUCAAUGCUAGAGUAGAUCUAGACACUUGUAACUACAAACUCAAAUUUGGUCUCGAGAAACUCAGCCAGGAAAUAGAUUUAUUUGAUUACAAAUGGGGAACCCUAGAGAAAAAGUAUCUGAUGAAUGUAGUCAGGAUAGAAUUUAUUGUUGAUGACUUGGUUGAUGACAAACAGUUCAAAGUAAAUCUGAAUCUAAGUCUGUGUUUUGAGGAUGGGAAGGCUUGUAUGUUCACAAUGAAUGUCUUCAAGGAUACAAAGUUACCAAAAGUCUUCUGUGACUGGGGAACAGGCUUUCUAAUACCAGACUUUUCCCUGACGAAAUUCCUUGAGAGCGAGGGAGAGAAACUGGGAACCAGUCUUUCAAGUGGUGUCACAUCAUUACUGAUGAAAACAUUGGGUGUAGAUAAAUUCCUAGGGAUGCCAGAAUGUCAACGAUCAUCUAGUCCCUACAUCAUUACUAAUGGAGGAUGGAAUAGUACGGCUUGUCCAGUUAUACCAGGAACACCUGCCUUACCUUCAACUGUGUCCUGCUCCAUUGAAAGCACCUGUUCAGCCAUAGAUUGCUGUAUGGAUGUCAAGUUCAUAGGUCGAACCAUCAACACUAAGAUAUCACUUGAUCCAUGUAAAUAUGAAUUGGAGUUGAAAAUAGAAGCUCUCCAGAUCACUAAACCACUGCUCAACUAUAAAUGGGGAGAAAAGGAGACCUUCAAUUUACAAGGAGGAAUAAAACUACAGUAUAGAAUAGAUGACUUAGCCAGUGAGAAGAUGUUCAUGCUAGAUCUGGAGUUUGCUAUCUGUUUGGAAGAGAGAAAACCUAGUGACUGUGUUGUCAAUAUACCGUUACUGAAGAAUUUAAAAAUACCAAAACCACUGUGUAAUUGGAAUAUGGGUUAUUCUGUACCAAAUUUCUCUCUCAAUCAUUGGUUAACGAAUAAUGGAAUAACCAACACAGCUAAGUUACAACAGUAUGUUGUCCAGCAGUUACUGAGAGAACUUGGAGUGGAGGAAUACCUCAAUGUCCCACAGUGUAACAGAAACACCUCACCUUAUAUACCCUCAGAUACUCAGGGAUGGAAUGUUAGUGCAGAAUGUCCAGCACAGCUUACCGUCCCAAUGCUUCCACCAAAUGUUGCAUGUCAUAUAACAGAUACUUGUACAGGCAUAAACUGUUGUCUCGAUGUGGAUAAACUUGGUUUAUCACUCAAUGCCUAUGUUGUUCUGGACACAUGUGACAACAAGUUUACAGUGGGUGUAGAGAAAUUCAGCAGGACCAUAUCAUUGUUGAAUGUUAACUUUGGGAGAGUUGAGACAUUUUCAUUCCUUGGUCUGUCCAAAAUAGAGUACAAGAUAGAGGACUUCCGAAGUGAAAAGACAUUUGUAGUCAGUGUAAAUAUCAGUGUCUGUCUAGAAUCCAACAAACCAUGUGACGUUCAGUUAACAAUUAUAAAGAAUGUCAAAUUACCAAAACCUUUCUGUCACUACAGUGGAGAAUUUUCUAUUGCAAAUUUCUCUCUGACUAAUUGGAUGAAGGAACAAGAUAUCAGCCUGGGACAAAAGUUACCACAAUUUGGAGUAGAUCUAUUGAUGGAAGAGCUUGGAGUUGCUGGUUACCUACAGAGAACACAAUGUCAGAGACAGGGUUAUAUUCCUGAUGGACAUGGAUGGAACAAAACAGCCUGUCCAAAAGCUGUAAACAUGCCAGCAUUACCUGUUACCAUGGCCUGUAGCCUACCAGAAUACUGUACAGGGAUCCAGUGUUGUACUGAUGUUCCUCUACUCGGGAGAUCAUUUGAAGCUCAUGUAUUAUUGGAUGUCUGCCACUAUAAGCUCAGUAUUGGUCUGGAGAAACUGGUCCUAAAUGUUUCCCUGUUUGAUUAUCAUUACAAUGCAUGGGAAGUUGUCUCCCUUGGAAAUAUGUUCAGGCUUAGUUACAAGAUAGAAGAUUUGGAGGCAGAGAAAAUGUUCUUGUUUAAUGCUAAGAUCAGUGUAUGUUUUGAGAGUGGUGGAGACUGUAGAUAUUCUUACAAUGUACUGGAGAAUACAAAACUCCCGAAACAACCAUGUGACUGGAAGAGUGGAUUUGCUGUACCAGGUUUUAGUAUUGCUCAAUGGUUUGCUGAUAAAGGAUUACCAAACACCACUAACCAUUUGACUGAUCUAAUGUCUUCACGACUGUUAGAAGAUCUGGGUAUAGCUGGCUUCAUGCUACAUCCUUCCUGUGAUAAACUCUCAGCUAAAUACAGUCCCGUUGAUGGACAAGGAUGGAAAUCUGAUUGCAGUUCCAAUAUAACAGUUCCAACAUUACCUAAUGACAUAGUUUGUCACCUAGAUUCUACCUGUACAGGUAUAAGCUGUUGUGUUGAUGUAGGACUGAUCGACCAAUCAAUAAGUGUCUACCUGACCUUAGAUCCAUGUGACUACAAACUCAAUAUAGGCAUUGAGAAAUAUCAGUUUGAAUUUUCUCUCCUUGACUUUGAGUUUGGAAUACAAAAACGUUUUCAUAUAGCAGGAGUUAUGGAGAUGGACUACAAGAUAACAGAUUUACCAGGUGAAGCUGCAUUAUAUGUUGACCUUGACUUGAAGGUCUGCUUUGAUGACCCAGGACUACCUGGUCUAUUAAACACUAAAGUAUGUAUAAUACACACUAAGAUCUUAUCUGGCACCAAACUACCAAAGACUCCAUGUGGAUGGCAGAAAGGAUUUGUUGAUUCAAACUGGUCUUUGUCUACCUGGUACAACAACAUGGGUUUGAAAGCAGGGACCCAGUUACCUACUGAUGCUGUUCUAUUAUUGAUGGAUACACUUGGAGUAGCAGAGUUCUUAAAGGACAAACAAUGUGACAGACAUGACCCAUACUCUGUGUAUGCCUCACAGUAUGAAGGAUGGAGUACAGAUUGCAGAUCUACCUCAGUUGUGUUACCAAGAUUACAAGAUGACUAUAUUACUUGUUACCUUGACAACACAUGUAGAAAUGUACAAUGUUGUAUGGAUGAGCUUUUCAUCAGUAGAUCUUUUCAAGUUCAAGUGAACUUUGACCCUUGUAAUUACCUUAUGACCUUUGACAUUGAGAAGCUACAGAUAAAUGCUACACUGAAUGAGUAUGAAUGGGGGAAAUGGAAACAGAUUGAUUUGUAUGGAGUCAUCAAGUUAAGAUUUAUUCUGCAUGAUCUAUAUGCUGAAGACCAGUAUCUGUUGUCCUUGACCUUAAGUUUAUGUUGGGAAUCUCAUGGCAGUUGUCAGGAUCAUCACAUAUUUACAAAUGCCCGUCUCCCAAAACCAACAUGUAACUGGAAUAUGGACUUCAAAAUUCCAGGAUUUUCUUUGGCGACAUUUCUGACAUCAGAGGGACUAACUACAUUAACUGACCCUGUGAUAUCACAACUGUCAGAAGAUUUAGGACUGUCUACUUAUCUCAACUCACCAACAUGUGACAGAUCAGCUCUACCAUAUAAACCAAAAGUCAAGGGAUGGAACAAUGAAUGUAAGACACCAGUUGUCUCCCUUGAAGACAUUUCUUCCCAUGCUGCAUGCCACAUCCCAGACAGAUGUACAGCAAUAGACUGCUGUAUCACCUUACCAAGCUUCAAGCGUAAUGUCAAUGUAUUUGUUGAUCUGGACCCCUGUGAAUACAGACUCAGUAUUGCUAUAGAAAAAGUCCAUCUUAAUUUGUCUUUAGUGGAUUACAAGUGGGGAUCAUUCCAGCAAUUCUCUCUACUUGGUGUCAUCAAUUUAAACUUUACCAUAGAUGAUUUGGCCAGUGAUGAUGUAUUUGUUUUUAAUAUGAAUGUGUCCAUAUGUCUAGAAUCGUCAGGUCCUUGUGAGCUACAUCUUCAUCUCUUCAAGUCAACUAAAUUACCAAAGCAGACUUGUAACUGGAACACAGAUUAUAAAAUUCAAGAUUUUUCAUUGAGGUCAUACUUAACUGAUCUUGGUCUCAGUUCAUCAUUGAAGAAAUUGGAGUCCCAUACAACGUCCGAAUUACUUCACGAUCUAGGUAUUGCUCCAUUCCUUCUGGAUAACCAGUGUGACAGAGGAAAUCUACCAUACUUCCCCAACAAAGAUGGUUGGAAUAAAGGAUGUCCCAAGCCAGUUUCACUGAGCCCACUCCCUAACAACACAUUCUGUCAUCUGUAUGACUAUUGUACUGGUGUCACAUGUUGUUCAGACGUAGAAUUGAUUGGUAGAACCAUUAAAACAUAUGUCAGUCUGGAUCCCUGUAACAGAAAGAUGAGCAUAGGGAUAGAGAAAUUGAGUGUCAAUACCAGUCUGUUUGAUUAUCACUUUGGUUCAAUAGAGCAUGUCAAACUUCAUGGAGUUGUCCACUUGGAUUACCAAGUAGAAGACUUGGAAAGUGAGAAGAAGUUCAUGGUCAGCCUGAACCUGAGUAUAUGUUUUGAAUCACACGGUCCUUGUGUAGUCAGUAUACCAGUUCUGAAGAAUGCCAGGCUAUCUAAGGCUGUUUGUGAUUGGAAGAGUGAUUUCAUAGAUCCUAAUUUCUCCUUUGAAAGAUUCUUAAGUGAAAAAAGACUAUCACCAGAUCAUCCCCUGAACACAAAUGAGAUGAAGAGUUUAAUGGACAAAUUGCGAAUUACAGAGUUUCUACAGGACAGCCAGUGUGAUCCGAAUCGGUCACCAUUCAGUCCUAGUGUAAAUGGUUGGAACAAUGAUUGUAAGUUACCAAUGGCAGUAUUACCCAACAAUACAGGCCCAGCAACAUGCAACAUACACAAUACAUGUACAGCAGUAGAAUGCUGUGUUACUGCAGAACAGAUCGGUAGAUCAUUCAGAACAUUUGUGAACUUUGAACCCUGCUUGUUUAAAUUGACUGUUGGUAUAGAACAACUGAAAUUUGAUCGACUUCUGUUUGAUUAUGAGUGGGGACAACCUGUUCACGUCUGGCUGUUUGGUUUUGUCAGAUUAGAGUUUACUAUUUCUGAUUUGGAAACUGAAGGACAGUACUUAUUUGAUAUGACCUUGAAAGUAUGUUUUGAAGUUGAAGGACCUUGUUAUGUAACUGUCAGUGCCUUUAACAAGUACAGACUACCUAAACCAGCAUGUGAUUGGAACACAGACUUCUCCAUGAAAGGAUUCUCACUUGACCAGUGGAUGAAGAAUGAAAGUUUUACUGCCACACCAACCUUGGCACCAUACAUGACAUCUAAACUUCUCUCUGAUCUUAAUGUGGCGGCCUAUAUGAAGGGUGAACAAUGUAAACUGAAUGGACCAUUAUUCACUCCAAAUAUUAAAGGAUGGAAGAGUGAAUGUCCAACUACAAUAGCCGUUCCAGAUCUCCCAAACAACAUUGUAUGCCACAUAUCAGAUACAUGUACAGAUAUAAACUGCUGUGUCCAUAUACCACUGCUCAAUAAAACAUUUGAUGCAUACAUCAGACUGGAUCCCUGUUAUGAAACACUAUCUGUGGGUAUAGAGAAGAUGCAUAACCAGUACAAACUACUGGACUACACUUAUGGUAAAACUGAGAAUUUUAACCUGCUUGGACUACUGAGAUCUGAAUACAGCAUGUACGACUUCAAAGAUGAAGGAAUGUACGUGAUGAAUUUGACCUUCAGUUUUUGUGUGGAGAGCAGCAGUAAUUGUAACCUCAGAAUACCAAUCCUUCAUAAUGUCAGAUUACCCAAGAAAACUUGCACUUGGACGGAGGAUUACAAGGUCAAAGAUUUCUCUCUUGACCAAUGGACCAAAGAAAGGAACCAGAUACCUGGUACAGUGCUACCUGAUUAUUACACGUCAGAGUUGUUACAGCAAUUAGACAUGACCAACUAUCUGAAUACUCCAAUGUGUACUAGACAAAAUAGUACUAAUGGCUGGAUUAAAGAUUGCACAGAAAAUGUAACCCUACCAAAUCUGACCUCUAACCCAUUGACCUGCCAUUUACAUAGUUCCUGUACCUCAGUAGAAUGUUGUAUGGAUGUGCCUUUUAUUGGAAAGACAUUCCGGGCUGUACUAGACUUGAACCAGGAUACACAAAUACUCAAUGUUGGAAUAGAAAAGCUACAGUUUCCGAUAUCUCUGCUAGAUUUUGACUUUGAGAAAGACCAUGAAUUUAGACUAAAUAGUGUUAUCAGAAUCAGAUAUAAUAUCUAUGAUUUGGAGAGUCAGAACCAAUACCUUGUUACCAUGGAUAUAUCACUGUGCUGGGAAAAGUACAAGUCAUGUGACUGGACAGCUAAAGUGUUUGACCACACCAGACUGCCUAAACUGACAAGAAAUAAACAGACUGGAUUUAAUACUCCAAAUUUUUCAUUAAUAUCCUGGUCGAACAGUCAUGGUAUUAAUACAGCAGCAAUGAAUAACCUUGACCUUUCCAAACUGUUCCGAGACCUUGACCUUGGGUGGUAUUUGACAGAAUCCUGUAAUAGAAGUCAAGCACCAUAUCAACCACAAACAGAUGGUUGGAAUUCAGCCUGUGCAGAAGACAUUCCCUUAGCAUCACUACCUCUAAACUCUGCUUGUCAUGUGACAGACACAUGUACAGACAUUGAAUGUUGUGUAGACAUUCCAAUACUACAAAGAUCUGUCAGCCUACAGAUAAAACUAGAACCAUGUGACCUCAGAUUGACCGUCCGAUUAGAGCGAAUGGAAUACAGUCAGAUGUUGUAUAACUACAGCUGGGGAACUCAGGAUUCUUUCUGGUUAAGAGGGGUGUUUAGAUUCAGUUAUAAGAUUGAAGACCUAGUCCUGGCCAACAGAUACAGACUGUCUCUAGAGUUUGACAGUUGUUUUGAGUCCAGUCAGCCAUGCUCACAAUCUGUUACAAUCUUAGAUAAAGUAGAACUGCCUAAAGUGGUCUGUGAUUGGAAACAAGAUUAUCAAAUCCAAGAUUUCUCUGUUGACCAAUGGAAACAGCUGAAGAGUUUUAAGGCUGCCACAAUGGCAGAGUAUGAAGUAUCACAGUUACUGGAGGAAACAAGACUAGGAUUUUAUCUCAAGGAUUCACAAUGUAUAAUUCCAUCAGGUUCUAGUAAAUGGAAGAAUGACUGCCCCUCACGAAUCAGCCCAGCAGUGUUAGAUGGACCAAUACACUGUCACAUCAGUAAAGAGUGUACAUCAGUGGACUGUUGUGUAAAAGAUGAGAUUACACAGAGAAAUUAUAACAUCUAUCUUACCAUAGAUCCAUGUGACUUCAAACUUAUCAUUGGAGCAGAAAAAUACACAUUUACCCAAUCUCUCCUUGAUUUUAAAUGGAAGUCUCAAUACUUGUUUGAAAUGGAAGGAAUAAUUAGAAUGAGCAUUGAUGUAGAGGAUUUACCAGGACAAGGUGUAUACAUUGUAAGCAUUAACAGCAGUAUCUGCUGGGACUACAACAGUACAUGUGAUUACAGUGUAAAGAUCUUUGAGAACAUACAGCUACCCAAACCAAAAUGUAAUUUCAAUAAAGAUUAUCUGAAAAAUGAUUUCUCAUUGACUCAAUGGUAUACUAACACUGGAUACAGGCCCGUGACAACACUGACCGGUAACCUACUGACAGACCUCCUAGAGGAGCUAAGGAUUGUUAGAUAUUAUGAAACCAGUGAAUGUAACAGAACAUUGCUUCCCUAUCAGCCUACCGAGGCAAACGGAUGGAACAUUGCCUGCCUAGCCCUAGAAGACACUCUGCCAACACUGCCAUCAGAAAUAUCAUGCAGUUUACCAGAUACAUGUACUGGAGUGGAUUGUUGUGUGGAUGUAGAACUAUUAGGACGAUCUGUCCACACCACUGUGGAUAUAGAUCCAUGUUAUCUAGGAAUGACAGUUGGUAUAGAGAGGAUGAAAUUCAAUACCAGUCUAAUGGAUUAUACCUGGGGAUCAGUUAUUGAUGUGGCUUUAUAUGGAGUAGUUAGAUUCAAAUUAACAGUAGAUGAUUUAAAUGAAGAAAACCUGUAUAUUGUCAACAUGAACAUCAGUGUAUGUUUUGAAUCUAAAGGACUUUGUGAUAUAGAAUCAGCUGUUAUACUUAGAAAUUCUUUGAUACCAAAGAUGCAGUGCAACUUUACACAUGGAUUCAAUAUAGGAGGAUUUUCCCUGUCGAGAUGGUUAACUGAAAGGGACUUGAAAGGAACCAAAUCUAUACCAAAGUAUAGAGUAUCCCAGAUGAUGGAAUAUUUAGACCUCUCUCCAUACCUCCAUGACACAUCUUGUAAUAGACAGGUAGCUCCAUGGGGACCAAACUUUGAUGGAUGGAUGAAAGAAUGUAAAACACCAAUAUCUGUUCCUUACCUAAAAGAGACAGAGACAACCUGUAUAGUAAAGGACACCUGUACAGCUGUCAGAUGUUGUGUAGAAAUGUCCUUACUAGACAGGUCAUUUGAAUAUUCCAUAAAACUAGAUGCCUGUAGUUUUGUUCUGAGUGUUGGAAUAGAGAAGCUGACUCAUAACCAUUCACUGAUUGGUUAUAAAUUUGGAGAGAAAAGAGAAUUUUACAUGAAUGGAGUACUAAAAAUUGAUUAUAUCAUAGAUGAGUUACAGAGUAGUAAUGAAUUUCUGCUGUCAGUCAAUCUAAGUGUAUGCCUAGAACCUAACUAUUGUGUGAUAAACAGGACCAUAGCAGAGAAUGUUAGAAUGCCUAAACCUAAGUGUGACUGGAACAGAGACUAUAAUAUACCAGGUUUUUCAUUGAAAAGCUGGAUGACAGAGAGACAUUUUGUUCCUGGGAACACCCUGCCUGAGUAUGCUAUUCUACAGCUGGUAAAAGACUUGGGUGUGGCUGGUUAUCUAAAAGGAACACCAUGUAACAGAACUGACUAUACACCUGCUGUACAGGGAUGGAAGAAUGAAUGUCCCGUAACAACAGUUAUACCAUCCCUUCAGAAUGGAAUGUCUUGUAGACUAUUGUCAUCUUGUACUGCUGUGGACUGUUGCUUAGAUGUUGAGAUUAUAGGUCAUUCUAUCAACACUGUCCUAACUCUUGACCCCUGUGAUCAGAGACUGACCAUUGGAAUAGAAAACCUCAUGUUUAAUGUAUCCCUGUAUGACUUUGACUGGGCCACUGCUCACAAACUGUACAUGGAUAAAGUCUUCCGUCUAGACUAUGCUAUCUAUGACUUAGAGAGUGAUCACCAAUAUAUGAUAGAGUUGAACAUCAGUUUGUGUUUUGAAUCAUCAGAACCAUGCAUGUUUACACAAGCAAUAUUCUCUAAUACUAAACUUACAAAGAAACCUUGUGAUUGGCAGACUGGAUUUGUUAAUCCAAAGUUUUCAGUGUCAGAGUGGAGAAAGGAGCAUGGUAUUGACCUUACCAGUGCAUUAUCUCCAAUAGAGAUCUCUAAACUGAAGGAGACGUUAGGUAUAGCUCCAUACCUCAGUGACAAAGCUUGUCAGAGAUAUAACUCUCCGUACAGUCCACCUCUUAAUGGGUGGAGAACAGAAUGUAGUACCCACAUGUCUGAGUUGAAGGCUCUACCAUUCAAUAUAAACUGUUAUAUCGACCAAACCUGUACUGAUGUCCAGUGUUGUAUGGAUAUAGGACUACUCAGUACCUCCAUGGAGGCAGAGGUCAAGAUAGAUCCAUGUGACUUCAUGUUGACAGUCAGGAUAGAGAAGUUAACCUUUGAACUGACCUUAUUUGAUUACAAGUGGGGUAAACAGGAAUAUUUUGACUUGUAUGGAGUUAUGCUGAUAGAAUUUUCCAUUGACAACUUGUAUGAAGAGAAGAAGUACCUUAUCAACAUGAACCUGACCACCAGUUUUGAAGCCAGCGGUGCUGUGGAGUCUCAUGUGGUCAUCUUUGAGAAUCAUUUAUUACCUAAACAAGCUUGUCAAUGGAAGUCAGAUUAUUUCAUCAAUGGAUUUUCCCUGUAUAGUUGGUUAUCACAUAGAGGUUUUAAGCCUACAGAUGCCCUACCAAAGUUCAUGCUGUAUCAGUUGUAUGAAGAAACAAACCUGGCUGCUUACUUCCUGGAUAACAAAUGUGACAGGGGUGUUCAACCUUAUAAUAACGGAUGGUCACAAGAUUGUUCUAUGAACCUGACCUUGCCAACCUUGAAACCAGAGUUAGCCUGUCACAUCUCUGAUGUCUGCACAGGUCUGACUUGUUGUAGUUAUAACCAUUUCUUACAACAAACAUUUGAAGUAAUGUUCCAACUGGAUCCCUGUGAGAACAGACUCAGUAUUGGAAUAGAAAAGACUGUGUAUAACAGAACCUUGACAGACUUUAAAUGGGGUGAAGAUAAUUAUUUCAGCAUGCAAGGCAUUGUCAGAAUAAGGUACAAUAUAGAGGACUUACAGACAGAGAGAAUGUACCUGGUUAAUAUAGAGGUGAUGUUCUGCUACGAGACUAACAUUCCACAGUGUGACAGCGAUAAAAAAUUUACAGUGUUAAAGAAUACCAAACUACCUAAACAACAUUGUGAUUGGUCAAGUCAUUCUAUACCAUCAGGGUUCUCCUUAUCCAACUGGUACAAUGAAUACGGCCUAGCACCAGGAGCCAAGUUAGAGGACUGGAUGAUAUCGUACUUACUCAAUGACUUAACUAUCUCUUCAUAUCUCAACACUCAACAGUGUAGACGCAGUGAAAACACAUAUACACCAAGUACUAAUGGAUGGAAUAAAGCCUGCAUCAAAUCAGUCUCAUUGCCCAGCAUUCCUGAUCCUACUUCCUGUCACCUGAUGGAUGACUGUACCAGUAUCGAGUGUUGUGUCGAUGUGGAUUUCAUUCCAAGGUCCUUUGGAUUUUACCUUCACAUUGAUCCUUGUUCAUAUGAGUUGAUAGUAGGCAUAGAGAAGUUCCGAAGAAACAUCUCCCUCACUAACUACAAAUGGGGCCAGAAAGAAGAUUUAUGGUUAGUUGGUGUGUUCCAUCUGUCCUUCACUAUAGAUGAUUUACCAGGGGAGAGAUUGUAUGUUGUAAGCCUCAAUAUGAGUGAAUGUUUUGAAGAUGGUCAACCUUGUAAUACAACUAUAGUUCUGAACAAAACCAGAUUACCUAAAGACUUGUGUGUUAUGGACAACAGUUACUAUAUUGCUAACUUUUCACUAAGAAACUGGAAAGCAUCACACAAUGGCAUGAAUCCUUAUGCUCCUUUACCUGAUUAUGGCAAAUCAUUAUUGUUUGAGAAACUUGGAAUCUCACCAUAUCUACAGCAGGAGGAAUGUGGGAAGAAUACGGCCAUGUUUAACCAGACUGUCUGGACUGAUGCCUGUCCUCUGAAUACAUCUGUAUCAUGGACGUCUACACUGGAUGUUAAAAUCCCCUGUCAGAUUACCUCCCUUUGUACCGGCAUGGAGUGUUGUCUACAUGCUAAGAAUUUAGACAGAGACUUCCAGACAAGAGUAAUAGUGGACCCAUGUCAGUUUGUGGUCAGUGUUGGAAUAGAUAAUUACAUCCACAAUAUAUCUUUGGCCAAGUAUGAAUUUGGAAAGUUGAGCCAUUUUUCUAUAGCAGGAGUAGUAACUGUCUCGUAUGCCAUAGAGAAGUUUAGUGAAGAGCAUUCUUACAUGAUGUCCAUGAAUGUAUCAGUUUGUACAGAGAGUCAGGAAUCUUGUGAACAGAACUAUGUUAUACUUGACAAUGUACUGUUACCAGUUCUACAAUGUGACUGGGAUACAGGGUUCAGUGUGGCCAUCCUACAAUGUGACUGGGAUACAGGAUUUAGUGUGGCUAGUAAGUAUAAACAGAACUAUGUUAUACUAGACAAUGUACUAUUACCAGUUCUACAAUGUGACUGGGAUACAGGGUUCAGUGUGGCCAGUAAGUAA